AUGCAAAAAGCGACAUACUACGACAGUUCGGCGAUCUACGGUGGCUACCCUUACCAGGCAGCCAACGGGUUCGGUUAUAAUGCCAAUCAGCAGCCGUACCCGGCAUCCACAGCGCUGGGCGCAGAUGGCGAGUACCACCGACCCGCCUGUUCACUCCAGUCGCCUGCAAAUGCCGGGAGCCACCCCAAGGCGCACGAGCUGAGCGAGGCCUGUCUGCGCACCCUGAGCGGUCCGCCCAGCCAGCCUCCGGUUCUCGGCGAGCCGCCCCUGGCCCCACCGCCACCCCAGGCUGCGCCCCCUGCCCCACCGCAGCCUCCAGCCCCGCCGCAGCCCCCUGCACCCACCCCUGCCGCGCCCCCGCCCCCCUCUUCAGUCUCCCCCCCUCAGAAUGGCAGCAGCAACCCCACCCCUGCCAGUGCAGCCAAGAGCCCCCUACUCAACUCGCCCACCGUGGCCAAACAAAUCUUCCCCUGGAUGAAAGAGUCUCGGCAAAACACAAAGCAGAAAACCAGCGGCUCCAGCUCAGGGGAGAGCUGCGCAGGUGACAAGAGCCCACCUGGGCAGGCAUCAUCCAAGAGGGCGCGCACGGCCUACACAAGCGCACAGCUGGUGGAACUAGAGAAGGAAUUUCACUUCAACCGCUACCUGUGCCGGCCGCGCAGGGUGGAGAUGGCCAACCUGCUGAACCUUACUGAGCGCCAGAUCAAGAUCUGGUUCCAGAAUCGACGCAUGAAGUACAAGAAGGAUCAGAAGGGCAAGGGCAUGCUGACGUCAUCAGGGGGUCAGUCCCCAAGUCGCAGUCCUGUGCCCCCGGGCCCUGGCAGUUAUCUGAACUCUAUGCAUUCGCUGGUUAACAGCGUCCCAUACGAGCCCCAGUCGCCCCCGCCUUUCUCCAAGCCCCCUCAGGGCGCCUAUGGGUUACCCCCCGCCUCCUACCCUGCGCCCCUGCCCAGCUGCGCACCGCCGCCGCCUCCACAGAAGCGCUACACGGCGGCAGGGGCAGGCGCGGGGGGCACACCCGACUAUGAUCCACACGCGCAUGGCCUGCAGGGCAACAGCAGUUAUGGGACUCCACACUUACAGGGAAGCCCCGUCUUCGUGGGGGGCAGCUAUGUGGAGCCCAUGAGCAACUCUGGCCCUCCCCUCUUUGGCCUAACUCACCUGCCCCACGCCGCCUCGGCUGCCAUGGACUACGGGGGCGCUGGGCCACUGGGUAGCGGUCACCAUCACGGGCCCGGGCCAGGGGAACCGCAUCCAACCUACACGGACCUUACCGCCCACCAUCCUUCUCAGGGAAGAAUUCAGGAAGCCCCCAAGCUCACCCAUCUGUGAUGGUGGGCUUGGGGCUGCGCGCCAGGAGAGUCCCCCCUCCCCCCAUCUUUCUUCAUUUGCUUUUUCUGUUUUGUUUAAGGUUCUUUCUGCACCUCCCUUUCCUCUCUUCUCCACCCGCCCCUGCUCUCCCCCCACCCAUUUUGUUUUCUUUGGUAACACGUUUUUAUGGUUUAUGUGACGUAGCAAUCUUGGUUGCUGGAAUGGCUGUCGGUAUCAGUAGCGAUAUGUAUCUGCUCCCGCCCCUCGCUGGGCCGCUGGCCUCGCACCCUUUACCUUCUCUACUCUUUGAUCAGAAACAGGGUAUAUGAACAAAUUUUCUA